ACCAAAAUAUGUGAAUGAUGGGAAGCUUCUGUGCAGUUUCAUCCAUCCAACCCAGUCCCACAAAAACCGAAGCACAACAAUCAGUCCAAGAUGAAGAAGCAGUACGUUACAAGAACCCUAGGUCAUAAUUACCAUUUACCCAUUCUUCUUUUCCCACUAGUAGCAAACCGUGAAACUCUGAGACAUAACUCCAUUUCCAUUUUAAAAAACCCUAAAUCUUUGUCGCCAAAACCUGUUUGGAAAAACCGAAAUCCCUUGAUCGCUCUAAACCCAGUUAUCUAAGCUCUGCAACUUAGAAAUCCAUAGACCAGAGACCCGGAUAACCAAGUCUAUCCACCAAACCCUGAAAUUUGAGAACCAAAAAGAAAGUUACGGCUGAUUCAACAAUGGCGCCUGCUGUUUCUGCCACAAAAUUAUUUUAUUAAGCCCAGAAGGAUUAAGACCAAACAAGCAAAAUACUAAUAUUUUCUAUCAUGCAAAAAAACCCAACUUUCCAAAAUAUAGAAAUCUGGUUUUUGCAGUAAUGGCGCUGCCUCUUUGAUACAUGGUCAACAAGUCAAACACUGAUAAGAGAGACCCAAGAAGCAAAUUUGUGACCAUUGUGACCCACAAAAAGCCCAUCUUGCAAAGCCAUGGGGAGAGCCUCACCAGUUUGACACGGAAGUCUUGAACAGUUUUAGCCCUGAAAAAAGAGACCCUACAAGCAAAAUCCUAACUUUCUUUGACCCAGAAAAGACCCAACUUGCCAAAGCCAUGAAGAAAGGUUUGGCUGCUUCGAUCAUGGCGUCCCCUGUUCUCCGCCAGCAAAAUGGUAAUCUUAGGGAUCUCUACUUGAUUGGGAGAAAGCUUGGGCAAGGCCAAUUUGGUACUACUUAUCUUUGUACAGAAAAGGCAACAGGCAAAGAAUAUGCUUGCAAAUCAAUUGCGAAGAGGAAGCUCAUAUGCAUGGAGGAUAUAGAAGAUGUGAGAAGAGAGAUUGAGAUAAUGCACCAUCUCUCAGGCCACCCAAAUGUGGUAACCAUUAAAGGAGCUUAUGAGGACUCAGUGUUUGUGCAUUUGGUAAUGGAGCUUUGCGCUGGGGGUGAGCUCUUUGAUAGAAUUAUUCAGAAGGGCCAUUAUAGUGAGAGACAAGCUGCCCAUUUGAUCAAAGUUAUCGUGGGUGUAGUGGAGGCUUGCCACUCUUUAGGGGUUAUGCAUAGGGAUCUCAAACCAGAAAAUUUCUUGUUUUUGAGUGAAGAUGAGGAUGCACCUCUCAAGGCCACCGAUUUUGGUUUAUCGGUGUUCUACCAGCCAGGGGAGACAUUUACGGAUGUCGUUGGUAGCCCCUAUUAUGUUGCACCUGAAGUACUUCGGAAGCAUUAUGGCCCUGAAUCUGAUGUGUGGAGUGCUGGAGUUAUCCUGUAUAUCUUGUUAAGUGGAGUGCCUCCAUUUUGGGCUGAGACUGAGCAGGGAAUAUUUAGACAGAUCUUACAAGGCCCUUUGGAUUUUGAAUCUGAACCAUGGCCUGGGAUUUCUGAAAGUGCAAAAGACCUGAUAAGGAAGAUGCUCAACAGAAACCCAAAGAAACGAGUAACUGCACAUGAAGUGCUCUGUCACCCAUGGAUAGUAGAUGAUUCGGUUGCUCCAGAUAGACCCCUUGAUUCAGCAGUUUUGUCACGCUUGAAGCAAUUCACAGCGAUGAACAAACUUAAAAAGAUGGCAUUAAAGGUUAUUGCAGAAAGCAUGUCAGAGGAAGAAAUUGGUGGCCUAAAAGAGUUGUUUAAAAUGAUUGACACAGAUGGCAGUGGCACAAUAACAUUUGAAGAACUUAAAGAGGGACUGAAAAGAGUUGGGUCUGAACUUAUGGAGUCAGAGAUCAAGGCACUAAUGGAUGCGGCUGAUCUUGAUCAUAGUGGCACCAUAGACUAUGGCGAGUUCCUUGCGGCUACUAUGCAUUUGAACAAGAUGGAGAGAGAAGAGAACUUGGCCUCAGCAUUUUCAUAUUUUGACAAGGAUGGUAGUGGAUACAUAACCAUUGAUGAGCUUCAACAAGCAUGCCGAGAAUUUGGUUUGAGUGAUUUCCACCUUGAUGAUAUGAUCCAAGAAAUAGACCAAGAUAAUGAUGGAAGGAUAGAUUACAGUGAAUUUGCAGCAAUGAUGAGAAGAGGCAAUGGUGGAGUUGGGAGAAAGACGAUGAGAAACAGUUUGAACAUCAGCAUGAGAGAUGCACUAAAAAUCAGUGACCAAUAAAGAAGGCCUCUCCCAGCAAAACCAGCUGCAAUUUUAUUAAUUUGAUGUUGUAAGAUAAUCAGAUAACAUGAAGGUUGCAGACAAUGUGAAAACAAUAGUGCAGAUAGCUAAUCACUUCUGAUCUCGAUCAAUCCUUAGCAGUUUCGAGCUUUGCCUGGAUAGCUACUAACUUGGACAUACAUUCAUUCACAAAAGCAUUCUCUUCAAUAUUUGAUUUUUCAAGAUUA